AUGCCUAUCUUCGUUAUCACCGUCCCAGAGAUCCCCUCUGAGAGCCAGGAACGCUUUCUCGGAGCUUGGCACACUCUGAAAGAGGACCUUAAGUCUCAGCCUGGUGUCGCUGGAGUGUCAGCAGGACCCGUUGUAGCAGAGGACGGCGCUGCUUUCACCGGCUUCAAGUUUGUCCAGACCUUGGCUUUCAAUUCUGCUGAAGAUUUCGAAAGUUUCCAGUCUUCUGCAUGGUCCCAGGAGCACAAGGCAAGAUAUAACGAGCGCGUGGGAGGCGAUCUUGUAGCUGGCAAGUUCGAGGUCCCCGAUUUCCCUGCUAAUGCCUCACCCAAGGCGUUCACUCAGUUUACAACCGUUCUUCUCAACAACCCGGAGAAACGCGUUGAGCUGCGCAAAGCCUGGGCGGAUCUUGCCUCAGCACUUGGAAAGGAGACUUGGGGAGGCGUCAGCGUUGGAGAUGGCCCUUCUGUUGGCUUAGGUAUGAUCGGAUGGGACAGCCUCGAGGAAGCUAAGGCAGCUUAUGGAAAGCCGGAGGCUGCAGAGGCGUAUGCGGCAUACAAAGCCCUUGGUCAGAUUAAGAGCACUAUGGUUAAGCUGGAAAUAUCUAACAUCUUGAGCUAG